AUGCUGACACACUACCAGUUUUGUUUCCAGAAGAGGAGUUCACAGAACUACACAGUGCCUGAUUCAACUCGCCGCUUUGAUGUUACUCACUGGACCAUACUAUGUCAGAGAGCCACAAUGAUCAUGCAAAAUAACAGUUCAGCCUCGCCUGUGUUUUCAAAUGUGAGCUCCUUCUGGAAGAGAGAUUCACAUGAGCUGGGACUCCUUGAUGAAGCAGCGUCAUUCAUUGGCAGCUAUGAUUUCCCUCAGACCACAGAGAGUUUUCCCUUCUCGUCUGUGGAAUCAACAAACAUGUCCCUAAAUGCUACAAGCAAAGACCCUCUGGGUGGACACACUGUCUGGCAAGUAGUUUUGAUUGCUUUCCUCACUGGGAUUCUUGCACUGGUGACUAUCAUAGGAAACAUCCUAGUGAUUGUUGCAUUUAAGGUUAACAAACAACUGAAAACUGUCAACAACUAUUUCUUGUUGAGUCUUGCUUGUGCCGAUUUGAUUAUCGGUGUUAUUUCCAUGAAUCUUUUCACUACGUACAUCAUCAUGGACCACUGGGCUUUGGGAAACUUGGCCUGUGAUCUUUGGCUCUCCAUUGACUAUGUUGCCAGUAAUGCCUCUGUCAUGAAUCUCCUUGUCAUAAGUUUUGACAGGUAUUUCUCCAUCACUAGACCACUUACGUACAGAGCCAAACGAACAACCAAAAGGGCUGCCGUGAUGAUUGGUUUGGCAUGGAUCGUCUCUUUUGUUCUUUGGGCCCCUGCCAUCUUGUUUUGGCAGUAUUUUGUUGGGGAGAGGACUGUGCCUCCUGAUGAAUGUUUCAUCCAGUUUCUAAGUGAACCUAUCAUCACUUUUGGCACUGCCAUAGCUGCCUUUUACUUACCAGUCACUAUUAUGAGCAUUUUAUAUUGGAGGAUCUACAAGGAGACUGAGAAACGCACCAAAGAGUUAGCAGGGCUACAGGCUUCAGGCAGUGAAGCAGAGGCAGCACGCUUCAUACACCAGACAGGCAGCUCCCGCAGCUGUAGCAGCUAUGAGCUGCAGCGGCAGAGCAUGAAGUGCUCCACCCGAAGGAAAUACAGACGCUGCCACUUCUGGCUUACUUUGAAGAGCUGGGAACCCAACACAGACCAGGGGGACCAAGAACACAGCAGCAGUGACAGCUGGAACAACAACGAUGCUGCUGCCUCUCUUGAAAAUUCAGCCUCCUCUGAUGAAGAAGACAUUGCUGCAGAGACCAGAGCGAUCUACUCAAUCGUGCUGAAGCUUCCUGGUCACAGCGCCAUUCUCAACUCCACAAAACUACCCUCUUCAGAAGAUUUGCAUGAGUCAGGGGAUGAACUGCAGAAAUCUGACACAGAAUCAAAAGAAAAGAAACCUAAAAAAUUGCAUCCUUCCAAAAGCAUUCAGGAUGGUGGAAAUUUCCAAAAGAGCUUUUCUAAGCUUCCGAUUCAGCCAGGAUCAGCAGAAACAACCACAACUUCUGAUGACAUCUCAUCAGUGACCAAGGCAUCUGCAGCCCUGCCCUUGUCCUUCAAGGAAGCAACUCUGGCAAAAAAGUUUGCCUUGAAGACCAGAAGUCAGAUCACAAAGAGAAAACGUAUGUCACUUAUCAAAGAAAAGAAAGCAGCACAGACACUCAGUGCCAUUUUGUUUGCCUUCAUUAUUACCUGGACCCCAUAUAACAUCAUGGUUCUGGUGAACACCUUUUGCAGCUGUAUUCCCAAAACUUUCUGGAACCUGGGGUACUGGCUUUGCUACAUCAAUAGCACGGUGAACCCCAUGUGUUAUGCACUGUGUAACAAAACAUUCAGAAACACUUUCAAGAUGUUACUGCUGUGCCAGUGUGACAAACGAAAACGUCGCAAACAGCAGUAUCAGCAAAGACAGUCUGUCAUUUUUCAUAAGAGAAUCCCUAGGGAGGCCUCAUAG